AUGGAGAGUAGUUGCAAGGUGUGUGUGACUGGCGGUGCUGGUUACAUCGGUUCUCUCUUAGUCAAAAAGCUUCUACAAAAGGGCUACACCGUCCAUGCUACUCUCAGAAACUUGAAGGACGAAUCGAAAGUAGGUAUAUUGAGAGGCCUUCCUGAUGCAGAAAGUAGACUAGUGUUAUUUGAAGCAGACAUAUACAAACCAGAUGACUUUUCGCAUGCAAUCCAAGGAUGUCAGUUUGUCUUUCAUGUUGCUACUGCCUUUCAACACCAAACUAAUUCUAAGUUUAAUGGCAUUGAAGAAGCUGUAAUAGCAGGUGUAAAAAGCAUAGCUACGAAUUGUAUUAAAUCAGGAACUGUAAGAAAACUCAUAUACACUGGCACAGUUGUUUCUUCUUCUCCAUUAAAGGAUGAUGGAAGUGGCUACAAAGACUUCAUUGAUGAAACUUGUUGGACACCUCUUCAUCUUCCUCUCACUGCUCUCCAUAAGGAAUAUGCUGAUUCUAAGACACUGGCUGAGAAAGAAUUGUUAAUGAGCUACGGCAAAGAUGAAAAUGGAAGUGGUGGAAUUGAGGUGGUUAGUCUAAGUGUUGGCCUGGUGGGAGGGGAUGCUCUUCUGAGUUACACACCAGCAACUGUUGCAGUACUUACUGCUCAGCUUAAAGACGAUGAUGAAGCCAUGCAUCAGUCUUUGAAGUUUGUGGAAGAUAUAUGCGGAAAAAUUCCACUAGUGCACGUCGAUGAUGUUUGUGAAGCUCAUAUUUUUUGUGCUGAAAAUCCAUCUAUCAAUGGCAGAUUCUUGCUUGCAAACUCAUAUGCAUCAUCAGCAGAGAUAGCAAGUUAUUAUCUUCAAAACUAUCCAGAAUUCAAUUUGAAGGAGAAGUAUUUGGAAGGGCCAGACAGGAAAAUCAAAUGGGCAUCAACAAAGCUUAUUGACGAAGGGUUUGUUUACAAGCAUGAUCUCAAGAUGAUAUUGGAUGAUAGUAUCAAGUGUGCAAGAAGAAUAGGCUAUCUUAAUAUGUAA